AUGUUUUACGAUGCAACAAAAAUCUGUAGAUCCCUAGCUAGAUGGACUACAAUGCGUUCUGAUACUGAGAGUGCAUCCGAUCCUGGACAAUCGUUAGCUCAUUCAUCGGUUCCUAAAGACAACGCACGUGGUUAGUUGAUUUGAAAAAAAAUUUCUUAUGAAAGUACCUUGACCGGUGUAGACU